AUGCCAAAGUCUUCAAGUGAGUUUGAUAUUCGUAAGAAACUCAACAGCAUGGCGUCUCGUAAAAAGGACAGCAACGACAGCUCUCCAAAAAGCCAAUGCUCCGUGAGCUCGAUUCCAGAGCAUCCAACCUUCGACACCAUUGGAGAGCGUCCAAAUGUAAAGAAGCACAUCAAACUCGGAGAUCUCGGAAAAACUCGCUCAUGUGUUGAGCUGAAGACCAACGACAAACGUCUUCUCCGUACUUUCCAAGAGGACAACAUCAUCAAGAUGCCUAGCAUGGAUUCCGACAUUGGAAACGAGCAUGAUGCCGGUCUCGCAGAUCUUUGUCUCAGUUUCGAAGGACUUGGAAAGUCGCUCAUAUACUCCCAGUCUGAUGACAACAACGACACUGACGUCAAGAAGAAGAAUAAGAAGUAA